AUGAGUGAUGUCGAGGCAGUCUCUUUACCAGCUGCCCUGGACGUCGGUCAGAACACGCUUGCUGCGGUGAAGCCAGAUCCUGCUGGGCCUCCACCUAGGAAUGACCGUGCCGACUCUCGGGUAGAAAGUGAUGGUCAAAAUGUGCAUUCAGAGGAGGAAAUUGGGCCUCCGAGCCCCAGGGCCGAUUCCGAGGCAGAAACAAUAAUUCAAUCGGGUCGAGAGUCCUUGUCGCCUGAAAAGAAAAGAAAGCAUAUAAAGCAUGAUCCGAAUCGUCGAGAACUUAAUGGAAUUGAUGGACAUCAGCGCAAGAAAUCACGAACCCAUGGCGAACAUGGAAGGGAACGGUCGCGGUCAAGGGCGCUUUCUCCGUCGAUGGUCAAAAUCGAAAAGGUCGACGAUAUUGGGACGGAAGGUGCCACUGGGAUUGAUCGCGAGAGAUCGCGCGCUUUCCGUAAACGCAGCUUCAGUGAUUCCGAAGAUCAACACGGUCUUCGUGCACACUCUCACGCAGCGUCACACUCGCACGAACUUAAACACAACAACAAUACACGCCUUUCUCGACCGCCAUCAAAUACGCGAUCGCUCUCACCCAGUCGCAGAUCUCAUCAACGCUCUGCGUCGGGAUCUCAAUUCCCAACAAAGAAGAAAGCGCCGACUCCUCUGCUCACUGGCUUUCCGCGACAAAGCUCCGAAGAUAGACUAUCGACAUCUUCAUCGGCAAGUGGUUCUCCAUUACCAGGCGCUCACCUGCGCAAGCUUGGUGGUACUGGCGCAUCCGCGUCACCCGCGAAACAAAUGGGUCCCAAAAAGUUGCGCGACAAGAGCGGCAGGACUCCCCUCGCGAGAGCCUGCGCGGAUCGGAAGCAUGAUCAAGUGAUGAUGCGCCACGCCGAACGACCAGAAGAUAUUAACAUUCCUGAUAAUGCAGGCAAUACUCCCCUGCAGAUCGCAUCGCUCGCCGGCGAAGCUGAAAUCGUGAAGUUCCUACUUGACGCUGGCUGUGAAAUCAACACCAAGAACAUCGACAAAGAUACCCCGUUGAUUGAUGCCGUCGAAAAUGGAAACGUGGAAGUGGUCAAACUUCUGCUUGAUGCGGGCGCAAACCCCCGAACGGUGAAUGCUGAAGGCGAUGAGCCCUAUGAGUUGGUGCCAUCGUUUGUGGACGAAGAUGAAUAUGACGAAAUGCGGAAGGCAAUCGCUGAUGCUAAGGCCAACCUACGGCCUAGUCGACGCUCGGAGGAACACAUGCCACCGGAGAACAGGGAGCCCUCUUCACGGCGUACAUCGGCAGCCAGGGGAUCAGCAGCAAGUCCCCGAGAUUCACCCCCGAUGCGCAGUCCUCCUCCCGUGGGUGUGGCAGGCCGGCGAAAGGGUGGCCGAAGUGAAGCCACACGAAAUGAUCUUCUCUGGACGAAGCCGACAUUUGAGAAUCUCCGAGAGUUCGCUGCCAAAGGCGAUGAGGCUGGUGUGGUGAGCAUUCUGAACAUCCUGCAGAAAGCCGACAACGCAUCCUUGAUUGCUGCGGCAAAGGGUGGCCACCACGAUGUUUUGUCUCUUCUUUAUGCCAUGGGCGAGGCUGAUGCCGAUCCAAAUCCGCUGCGGGGUCAAAAGCCUGGAUAUAAUACUCCAUUGCUCGCGGCUAUCGGUCGAGGAAAGAGUGCUGUCAUCCGACUCAUUUUGAGUCAGCCUGGAUUUGACCCCACACGUCGACUGUUUGAGGACAAGACAUACUUUGAGUUGUCUCGGGAUCGACAGGGCGAAGACUGGGAGGAUGAGCAUAACAUUCUGAAGGAGGCGUAUGAGAAAUACUCAGGCCCACGCAAAGGUCGCAAAGGCGAUUCGCCUCGCCGAGCGCGUGGAAAAGAAAAGGACGACAAACGAUCCGCGCGCAAGUCCUCGUCAUCCCCGGUCCCUCGCAUGAGAAAGCACGACACCAGUCCCAAUGCCACUAGAUAUCGCGAUCCUUUGAAGGAAAUGGAUCCCAUCAAGGAGAAGAGGCACGAAAAAGAACACGACUCAUCACGGCCUGAUUCUUCGACACGGCCCGAUUCAGCGAAACCUAAAUCGUCUCUAUCAGCCAGAAGAGAUAGCGAGUCAAGUGGGGUUGCACGUACUGAUGAAAUCAAAAAGCGGCGGCUCAUCGCAGGACGUCGACCUCAGGAGCGCCGGCCCAGUCUCUUUUCAUCCGAUUCGUUGUCUGGGCGCGAAGAGGCUCCCAAGAUGCGCCCUGAUAAUGCUCCCGAUUCAUCUCUGUCCUUGAAGCGAAUCCGUCCCGACAGAUCUCCAGAGCGGUCUCGCUCCCGCGGCACAGACAGACGCUCGCCUUCUCCUGGAUCGCGCCCGAAGAAAAGAAGGGUCGUUUCCGAGGAUAAGCAGCCGGGUGCUGCAAACGGUUCAAAACACCCCGACGAGCUCAACACAUCCCAACCCCGACGAACCAACGAAGAUGCUACUCGAGCCAUUGAUCCCAAACCUCAACACCUCAAACCCUCCGAACCUUCUCAAAACCCUUCAACCCACCAACCUUCACCAGAUCAUGAUCCCGUUAAAAAGAACGGAACAUUCAGAACACAAACCAAACCCCCAGAAGAUACGAUGACGGACGAGAAGCGUGCCGAGCUUGAAGCUAAGGAACUUCGCCAGGCUCAGGCCAAAAAGGCCGAACAAGAGCGCGCAGCAAACGAAAAGCGUGCCGCCGCCGAGGCCGAACGCACUCGUCUUGCCAAAGAAGAAGCUGACCGGGCUGCGCAAGCUGCUCAGGCAGCUCGUGACAAGGCCGAAGAGGAUGAUCGCAAGCGCAAGGAAGCCGAACAACGACGUGCUAAACAAGCCGAGGAUGAACGCCAAAAGCGUCUAGAGCAAGAACGUGCUCGUAUUGCCAAGAUGCGCCGUGACCAGGAAGCACAAGAGCGUCGACGCCGUGAGGCACUUCCCAGUCGCCUUCACCUCGCAGCCGACCUUGUAGGCUCAAACGACUCCCGUGCCAAAAGUCACGCCUGGCUCAAGAACUUCAUGCCACUUGUUACCGCACUCACCCGUCAACUCAACCCUCAAUGUGAUGUGGAAGUGGCCGAGGAGAAAUGGAUUCCGAACUACUUGGUUGCACCCUUGCUGGCCACCAACGAUCUCCAGCUUUCGCAAUAUGCCAGCUGGGAGAAACGCAAGGCGACCCCUACUCAGCGCAUGAAUUUGUGGCGAGUUACGCGCCGCAUGUUGACUCAUGCAGAGGAAUAUGGAAGUCACGGCUCGACCAUUGGAAACAUCAUGCAGAAGGAUUGUGACACCCGUCCCAAGUAUUUCGAGAUGGAGCAUGUCUUCUGGAUCAGACUCGCUGAUUUCAUGGAACUCAUCCCACACGUCCCUCACCUACAAGGGCUUGAACUCCAAUUCCUGAACAUGCACAUCGAUUCUGAGCCAUCCUCGGCUAACCCCAGCUUCGGCGCUCCUAAGCUCAACGGUCACGGUCUCGAUGGUUCUGUUGAAACCAACGGCACCGGUCUUCUCAACGGUUAUGGCCAUUCUCGGUCUAGUACAUACGUCUAGUUUUGUUUUCAGCGUUCUUUCGCUAUUCGGGACACGGCGCGAUGGCAGCAAUCCAGCAGUGGUGUACAGGGCGGAUUCUGAUUGUACGAUUAUGAUACCUCUUGCGUUCUAGUGACGAAUCUACUAUUUGUGAGUAGUCAACAUGUUUGUUUAGCUGUAAGUUAGCUUAGUG